AUGUUGUUCACUCCGCUCAUUCUUCUCCUUCCCGCUGUUAGUCAUGCCUCUUGGUUGCCCAUCAGGUUGCCCAUCAGGCGAGGACAGCCUUCGAUCCCCGAAGACUGUACCGUGACGAGCACUCUUUCCCCUAUCACUAUGACCAGCAUCUAUCCUACCUCUACCAUUGGGCCCCAUGGUUCCGACUCUGGUUCUGGUGGUUCCCAUGGUUCUGGUGGCUCUGGCUCUGGCUCUGGCUCUGGUGGCUCAGGUCACGGUCAUGUGACAGACGGCGGCUCACUCGUCUACACCACCGCCCUCCCAACCCUCGGCCCCAAUGGUCCAGGUGUACAUACUUAUACCAUCACCGCCCCCUGCGCCUCGUCUCACUGCCAGAGACCUGCCCCCACCGAGUGUCCUCCUGGUUUCACCACCACGGCCGUUAUCUGCCACGUCUGUGGCGAGCACCCAGUGACCACUACUUUGACUCUGCCUAUCGAGUCAGCCACAGCUGCUCAGGGGUCUCACGGUGGGGCCGCCAAGUCUGGCUCUACUCUGACUUCGGUUGUCACGGCCGUAGUUCACAAAACCGUCGCGCCUGUUUCUCCUGCUGAGAGCGUGUACCCGUGGAUUUCUCGCGGUGGUCCUCAAUUGCCCGAUGCCGAGAAACCGUCUCAGGUCCCUGGUGCCACUGUUGGUUCAGAUUCUAAGCAUGAUGGUGCUGGAAAAGGCGACGAAUUACCCGACGCGCCUAAGAACACCGGCGCUCCCGAAUCGCCGGCUGGUGCGGGCGCUAGUUCUCACAGUACCACUGUGGAUGCACCCAACGGAGCCUCUACUGCAGCGGGUAAUGAAGCCGGGCACGGAGACGGAGCCGGAGAUGAAGCGGGAUCGGAAUCGGCAUCUCCUUCUGAUGACGCUAGUCCCUCAGCCGUUGUCGUUACUGGCCGCGCACCCGACAACAAGGUGAACAAAUCUGUUGUCCUCAAAGCCUUCCUCUUUGCUACAAUGGUCUUGUGUCCUCUCUACAUCUAG